GUUAAACGUAGUUUUAGAGGAUUUAUAACCGAGCAUGUUUUAUUGAAUUGGAACGAUAAAAAGAGUAUCAGAUUUGCAGGAUUGAAUGCAAGUUUCUGAGCGAGCUUGUUUUCAUUGGGUUUUUUUGAAAAAUAAUUUAACACCAUACCAAUACCUAACGAAUUCACCGUGUAUAGGUUUAUCCCAAUGCUUGAUCGUUUCUUUGUUGUAGAAGAUUGUUUACUUAGCGAAACCACUUUUUCCUCACCGAAUUAUCCUGAAAUAUGUAAAGAAUCGAAAAACUUGAAAAAAUUUAUUUGUAGUUCAUUUUGGAGAGGAGCAUCCAAUAUGAUCGAUUGGUGCAUUGAACUGCGAAUGAGGAGAUUGUGGUAAAUUUGGGAUUAGCAUGCUUUAGGGUAGUUACCAUAAAAAGCAAUCAAUGAAACUCCAUUCAUGCUUUUUGUAUCUGAAAAAAACUGCUCAAUUUAAAUUCCUCCUGAGCCAUAAUUUGUUUGAUCACGGAACGUACCCUGUUAACCAAAUUUGCUUUGUUAGUCACUAAAAAACACAAACAAAAACAAAAAAAAAAAAUAAAAAAAAAAAUAAAAUGGUCACACGGGAUUUCUCAAUCUGUAUUCAUUUGUUGACAAGUGGCAAAAAACGUAAUCGUAUCAUACCAGAGAAUGGCAGACAAUAUUGAUCCGUUUCGAGGAUCAUGCACUUGGCCAUGAUUGAACUUUGUACAAGAUGAAUGGUGUGCUAAAUGUUUCUUAUCCGAAUUAAUCUAUUUUCGUGUUUUGUGCAGUGACAAUCGAAAACACGAAAUAUCUUUGGGCUUGAAUAUUCAUUCUUUUAAAGCCUGAAGCGUGCUGGCCGAAGUAAAAGAAGAAAAACGUCUCGUGUAGCGUGGAGCUUAUGAGAAAAUGCAGCGGAAUUUCUGGUUCUGAACAUCGAUGACGUCGGUGAUACGAAGAGCGAAUUCGAUUUUUAUCAUACUCGUUAUUAUUUUGUUUAUUUUUAUGCUUGGUUUUUCAUACAAUAUUCUCCCGAAAGAAUCCUAUCAACUUUCAAGGAUUUGAAAAAAUGUGAUGGACGCAUGGAAAGAGGACCAAGUGAAAAAAUCCUCGUGUCUGGAAACUGUGCCAGUAAAUAGAACGGAUGAGUGAAGGGUAUCUGUAUAUUGUGUGCUCGUCACGGAGAGAAUACCGCGAGUAAAUAUUCAUCGCCGAGAAAAUUACUGUCCCCUUUUCAUCGUCGCGUUGUCCGAGUUAUUAAAAUUUGAAAUUGGGAACCUUGAACUGUUGAGUGAAAAAUUGGCUUGUCCUCUCGACAUAUUAUUAUUGCUGUUAUCAUUGUUACUUUCCUUUCAUAGAGAAAUAUUUUUCUGAUAAAUCAACCUGCUCAUGAAUUGUGCUACAAAAUAUUUUAUUCAAGAUAUAAACUCUUUCUCUCCUGCUGCACUUUUUCAAACUUUCUUGUACUCGUUCGUGACACGCUGUCCUUUUUCGACUGCUGUAUUAUUAUAGCGGAUAUUUUUGUAUCCACAGUAAUAUCGUAGAUAAAGGUUUUCAAAAUUCAGAACGUAAACAACGGGGAAAAAAACAAGAGUAAUACCUCACAAUUCAGAUUGCGGAAUCUCGCGCUGCCUAGAAUUUGUAACAACACCAUUGUUCUGCAAUAUCGUCAGAAUGCUAUAAGCAAUUAUUCGGGAUUUAAUUACGAAGAGAUGGAAAACAUACACACGCUUUGUGGUGUUAGCUCUAUGCACCGAUUUCAUUAUCGCAAUGGACGAUUCUGUGAAGCUUAUUGUGAUAUUAAGGAUAUGGCGCAACAACUUUUGACCACAAAAUUUCUACUGUAUCUUCCAAAUUUCAUGGUGAACCUUUUUCUUUAUUCUCUACAUAUAACAGAGUAGUUUUCGAACGUAUUCACAAAAUGCUUAGAAUUUUGUCUUCCAAGCUAAAACUUCCUUUUGUCUGGAAGGUUGUAGAAAUAUUCCAUGGAUCGAUCAACGCGAGUAUCGAGAACGUGUGCUCGGAGAAAAAUUCAAUGUGUAUGUGUCAUCCAUAGGAAAAUCCCGAACCUGUUGCAGUUUUUAAUAAUGUUAUACGUCAAGUUGCACACAUGCUAGAGAACCGAUGAAUCGAGACACGUUUGAAUCAUAGAAACAGCGACAAUUUUAAUGCGAAUGUAACGUACCAAUUAGACAAUUAACUGUCGUUGGUAAUAAAUCAAAACAACAAGAGUGACAAUGACAAGACUCGGCGCUCAUUUUUUCAAUAGUCAUUUCAUGAAGACGACGUGACUCUAAGAAUUUUUAAUUAUCGAAAUUUUCUACUACUGCAGCACAAUUCAUGCCUGGAUUAAACAAAAAACAUCGUAGUUAUAGGAAGAUUUUAAAUCCACUGAAUUAUUUACAAUCAUUAUAAUUUAUAGUCAAAACAAACAUUAAAACUUUUGACGUAUUAUUAUUGCUACAUUCACUUUGGAAAAUCAACUCGAAUGUCAAUAAAUCUGAUUGCGAUAUUGGUUGUCACCAUAGUUUCGUCACGAUCUCGUGAUAACCGCUGAGUUAAUCGUCAACUUUCAGUUCCAAGUCUCAACCAUACGAUGAAAAAUCUCCACCAGGAAAAUGAAAGCCCCAACAAUUAGCACUGACAUCUCUCGACGAAUAUCUCAAGCACCGGUCCCACGUUACGUACGACACGGAUUGAACACAGCAUAUAAUUGUUAUUACUAUACAGACUAUAGAAUGAGACAGGAACGAGAGAACGGGAAUUCUCCUUCCAGCUGUGUUAUCGCCAAGUCGGUAGUGCCGCUGUGGCAGAGUGUGGCGCUGCAUCAUCGAAUACACGCAUUCCCUUGUGGAGGUCCGUAGACAGCGGUGGACGAGAAAAUAGCGUUGAUCAUUUAUUUUCAUUCUGUAUUGCACCCUGUUUUUUCUGCAAUCAAAGAAGUUUCGUAUCGGCCGAGCGCAUCGCACUGUUUUUAUAUUAUCGCGGGAACCGUUCGGGGCUUUUCGGACAUCCGUAUAUAAUAGGCCAAUUAGCAUUCGACUCUUACGAAGGAGUCACGGCCGCGUGCGUGCAGACGACGGUGCGUCAAGUUUAUGUUUAGUGCGAGCGUGACAUUAUCACCGUCCUCGUGUCGUCACUUUAUUUUCUCCGGUUUUUCAUCGCCUAUAAAGUCGCGCGGGUGUAUGAAAAUUUAAAAACUUUCACAUGUCUCUUGUAUCGCUUUGCUUCUUUAUUAUUUCUUUUUUAUUCAAAAGAGAUUGUUCAAGUCAAUGAUAAGACAGGGGAGUUGUGCUACACUCAAAAUACACUCGUAUCAGAGAUUUGAAUUAAACGAUUAUUGGAGUAAGUACGAGUCGCCGAUUCAAAACGACAACGUCGAUUGGAACAACCGUAUUAGGAGGCUUAACAAAAAAGUCAUUUCUAUUUCAUGAAAUCAUGUAAAAUGAUUCCAGUGAUAAGGAAAUGUUUGCUACUAGAUACGUUCGAAAAUUUUUGAAGUGCAGUCCCACUGGAAGUACACGAGGACAUUUCUGCUGUAUUUGAACAUUUCGGAGAUUUCAGAAGACAUUAGCGAGGCUUGGAAACCUCGGAAAUAUGUCUUCGCUUCUAGCUAAUUGCUUCAGGAAAUUGACCGAGGCUCCGACGAAACAUGAGCUCCGAGGCUUCAAAGUGACUGAUAUAAAUCGUACCCGGAAAUUUGGUGUUGCGUGUCGAAGUCUCCAGGAGUUGAAAAGAAAGGCAUGCACAAAGUUAAACGUUACGAACGACCUUGCGGAAAUAAACAUUUUCCUUCUCGAUGGAGCUCUCAUCGACGAGGAUUAUUUUCACACCCUCGAGCCUCAGACGACUCUGGUUCUUCAGCGACCCGGUGAACAAAUGCUUUCCGACGCUGAUCUACUCUACGAAACCCUGAGGCGAGUAAACAUUGAUUUCCUCACGGUUGGCGAUAAGGCUGCCAAGUUCCUUACAGAGAACCUUAAACGAAAGGUUGCUGUUAUCCACGGCGUGCUCAAUCGCGACGACACCAAAACCCUGUACAACAACAGGGAUGAACAUCCGGAGUGGUUUCGCGGUCUGGAGACCAAUGUCACUACCAAGGAGGCAUACUUGCAUCGAAGAUGUCAGGAUAGAAUACGGAAUUAUUUGUACAAGACGAUUGAGCAGAUAAAAGAGUCGGAAACGUGGACGAACAACCGUCAAGCGCGACUUCGCCUUCAUCACGUGAUCGAAUACUUCAAGAUGCAGCUCCGAAAAGACCAUUACUUCGGUUAUUAUUUCGAUCGAAGCUGUAGUUCUCAAGCAAACUGUGAAGACGAGGUCGAUCGAAUUGGCAAUCGAGAAAACGAUUGUUACGAACAUUGCCCAUGCAAGUUGGGCUAUUAUGAGGAUGAUGAGGAGACCGAAACUGAGGCAGUGAACGAACCGACAUUCGAAGAUACUACAGCUACAGUUGAAGAUGAAACUGACGCUCGAAGAAUCACACGACUUUCAGAUUCUGGGGAAUCAACGGGCAGGAAACCCACUGCCAACAGAACGGAAAAAGCGACAUGUCCUUUUAAGCUAGUCACGCGUAGCAAGGAAGAACAAGUUUCUCUUUGCGAUGCCAAUGGCGAAUUCAGGUGCGAGGGUAUGUGGAAUCUUGAACGUUGCUCGUAUGGUGAGAGACACCAAAUCAAUCCGUAUAGAUCACAUGAAGAAUUAGUGAUCUUUUCAACUUGGAAUCUUGACCACAAAAUCGAGAGAUCCAGAACUCUCGUGCCACAGUUACUGAAGGUCUCCGAGCAGGAAAUUAUAAAUGACGAAGAUGUUAUAAGUCUCUACGAUAACUUAUUUACCGUCAAAAAUUUGCGUCUCGUGCAUAUUGUUUGUCACGACAAGGGAACUCACAAGUAAUUCAUGUAAUGCUCCUCUCUAUAUUUACCUACCGUAUUAUAGGUACAUACAUAAAAAAUCGCGAUUCGAUCAAACAGUUACCAGUAACAAAAAUGUUCUGGAAUAAUUACAUUGAACAACCCUAAACGAUUGAUGAAUCGAACAAUGUUGACGAUAAACUGUAUACCAUUUUAUUCGCACCUUAGAAGCUGUUGAAAUUAGAAAAAUUAGUACCUAACACAUCAGAUACAUAAGCAAUGUUGAUACUGUAAUAGACACGAGAUUAUCUAUUCUAUGCAACGUUCCAUGAUGUCGUUAAAUAUGGUGGAAUAUAAAUAUAUAUAUUUUAAUAUAUAUAUAUAGAUGAAUAUACGUAUUAAUGAGGAGAUGUUAAUAGCAGAAUAGAAGUAAUACAUAAUUGGAGUAUUCGAAAGAAAUCUCAACAAAAAUUUAGUGCUGUGGAUCUGAGGAUAUCGAGAUUAAUAGGUUCCAAUUUGAACGAUAAAUUCUGGGUAUUACAAGAGUCCAAACAUGGUCUCAAUCGUCCAAGUCUGAACAAUUGUAGUAUCGUCAUGACGAUUAUUACUAUAAUUAAGAUAUAAGAAUAUCCUCUUAUGUUUAUUGUUCCACUGAGUCGGAGAAGAAGAGAAACAAAUCGAUAGACUACGAUUAUCUUCAAAUCAAAAGAUGGACGAAGAAAAAUCAAACUCUUAGACUAAUAUCCAGGAUGUAGUGGAAUAACGUAGGUAGCAGAAACAAAAAAUGGGAUGGAGACAACAAAGUUCUGAUAUAAAAUGUUGAAGAGAGAUUUCUAUCAGAUUUGGAUGCUAUUGUCAGGAGAUGGUAUGGUGCUUUUCCUUUUGCCAGUCCUAUAUCACAAGACUAAAAGAGAAGACAAAACUCAUACACAGCUUUACAACAAAAAAUGAAUGAUAUUGUGAUGGAAUUGUAGUAAAUAAUGGUUUAUCUCUAUUCGAACGUAAAAACGGUUGGACUUAAUUGUAUGAAAUUGUGGAAAACAAUGCUGGGCAUUGGUUGCUCGUUAUGGGGAUGAAUUGUUAUGGGAUGAGAGUGAAUUAUGGAUGAUUCAGGUGAUUUCUCAUCCAUAAACAUUUACAUACUUUUGGCUAGUACGCGAGAUGUCAAAUCGAAAAAUCAUUUUCGUUUAUUUCUUCGACUGGAGUUUUUACGAAGCACUUUUUGGAAAACUUGGUUCAAAAAAACGUUUCAUUAAUUUACCGGCAGAUUAUUUAGGGCAAAUUGAUCAAGUGAUAAGUUGAUCCCUACUGUACCGACGAUACUGUUAUACCUUUGACAACUGUUGGUACCUCCAAAUUCGGAGGAUGCAUCCAAUACUUAUGAGACACAUUUAUGAAAAAAUAAUUGGAUUUUCAUUUUCUCUGGGAGUCAGACAGAUUUCAAUUGAUCAAACGUGAUUGUCAAUUCGACCUUUUUAAACUUGGUUUAAAUCCCACGAUUCCUUCUUUAUUUCUCUCUAUAUACAAAGCAGUGUCAAUGUGGAGGGUGGAAGGUAUUUCAAUACCAUUUAUGCUUCAAUAAUAAUAAAAAAAAAUCCGUGAAAUCUCCCACAUUUGUAAGGGGUACGGAAGUUACAGGGGUACGUAAGAAAAAAGAGUUGAAUAAAAACGUUUAUUUUAUUACGAUUAUAUUCCAUAAAGAACGGAUGUCUAUUUACAAGAACUGUUAGCUAUGAUCAUGAAACCAUGUAUAAUGAAAAAAGUGUGGGACAAAUAAUUUAUUCCAAUGAAUAAGAUGAUCUUUCAGACUGUA